AUGAUUUCGGACCCCGAACCAGUUGCUAUUCCCAAGUCGUAUGAGUCUGUUUCUUUGACUCAUGUCAAAGUAUCACACCAUCCCUUCGGGGCUUCGGGAGCCACGCCUGUAAUUGUGGUGACGCUUAACCGCCCAGACAAACACAAUGCGUUCACUUUGGAGAUGAUGCACGCCUUUGAGAAGCUAUAUGGAAUGUUUGAUGUCGACGAGCGCGUGAAAGUCGUUGUUCUUACAGGCGCUGGCAAGAUGUUCUGUGCAGGUGCCGAUCUAGAGCGCGGUUUCAAAGGCCUGGAGAAAGAGAGAAACAAAGACCACCGUGAUAGCGGUGGCCGUCUCACUCUAGCCAUCCACCGUUGCCGCAAGCCUACCAUUGCUGCCCUUCAAGGUUCAGCAGUUGGGCUAGGUAUGACGAUGACUUUGCCAGCGGCCAUACGAAUUGGGUGCCAGAAGGCAAAGUACGGAUUUGUUUUUCCGCGGCGAGGCCUCACAAUGGAAUCUAGCUCUUCUUUCUUUCUUCCUCGAUUGAUUGGGUACUCAAAUGCGCUCUAUCUACUAACUACCGGCGCCACAUUUGCACCAAGCUCACCUCACUUCGGAUCCCUGUUCCAGGAGACUUACCCCGAUUCCGAACAGGUAGUAUCCAGAGCCCUGGAGCUUGCAACGGAGAUCGCUCACAAUGUCAGCCCUAUGGCGUCUUACCUCUCCCGGGAGCUAAUGUGGCGAAACCCGGGAACGGCAGAGGAAACCCAUCUCGUUGAUUCCGCGGUGUUGUAUCACAUGUUCAGUGGGAAGGAUUCCAUGGAAGGCGUUAAGGCAUUUUUCGAAAAACGACAACCAAGCUUCAAAGCAACCUUGGAGAAUGAUGCUCCACCGAGCUUUCCAUGGUGGUCGGAAAUCGAUGUUGGGAGGAAGCCGAAGGCAGGCAAGCCUAAGCUAUGA